AUGUCAAGAAACGCAAAUAGAAAAUCCAAAGACUAUAGUUGGAUAAUGGAUUCACAAGCGCAGUUGCAACGUACUCAUGGUCAACAUAAAGAAGAGGAACCAAUUAGGAUUCACCAUCCAGAGGAAGAGGAGCAUCAUGGGAAAGGACCAGCAAAAGUUCUGAAGAAAGUGAAGGAAAAAGCAAAGAAAAUAAAGAAAGCUCUAACUAAACACGGACAUGGUCAUGAGCACGAUCGCGGAGAACACAUCCCCGACGAUCACGAUCUAGAUCAGGAAGACGAUGUAGAUGAAUACGAAGACGAAGAACUCCACGGUGGUGCACAAGCACGAGGAAAAGCUCAGAUGUCGGACCCGUUGAAGGAGGAGAUGGUCCCUCCAGGCACGAAAGUUUUUCCGGUCGUGUCCUCUUCCCACACCAAAACCUCGGAGCCAAUCAGAGGAGUUGAACCAGUACGAGGCUCCAAUGCAUCUCACGGCCACGAAGCACUGCCUCAUCCUAUAAGACCAUCCGGUGUAUCGGAAAAAGAAGAGAGAAGAGGGGCUUCUACACUGACACCGCAUAACACCCCCGUGUCCUUGCUCUCUUCGACAGAAGAUGUCACGAGAACGUUUGUUCCUGGUGAACAACGCAGGGUCAAUAUCGAGAGACCCAGAGGAUUGGAGGAAGAUCCGGCUGCUCCGGGUGGAGGACGAGGAGCUCUUGGUGGGAUGUCGAAUUAUCAGUCCAAAGUUACUGAUCCUACCGGAAAAGUGUACAAAGUCAGCUCUUUUAAUCCAUGUCGUCUCUGUAUCUUAGCCGGUGGAGAAAUUGGAGCAACAGCGGCUCUUGCAGCUCUUGGGAGGAGGAAAGGAACAGGUGAAGAUGACCAAUUAGGGCAUGGGAGAGAUCUGCCGGUGAAAAGCCAUGGACUUGAUUUAAAAUCGGGACCCGAAAUGGGCAAACACUUACCGGCGGGAAAGUAUGGAUCUGGAUUGGGGAAAGAAUUUCCGGCGAGGAGCCAUGAAGUUGAUGUGAAAUCAGGGGCUGAUCUAGGAAAAGGUUUUCCGACGGGAACUCACGGUAUACGGAAUUACCCUGAGGGUUUUGAUUCGAAAGCUCAAGAGAGGGGAGAUGAGAUACAUCAGCCGAAUCAGAGCAGUUACACCGAUAAAGUCGCAUCAGUGACUUCCGUCGUAGCUGAUAAAGCUGCAGCGGCGAAGAACGCCGUCGCUUCGAAGCUGGGAUACUCUGGGGAAGGCGGAGACGGCCACGAGAAUCGUGUGGAAGGAGAGCAAAUUCCUAGCUCCGGUGGUGGAUACGGGAAUAAGGUUGCAGGUAUGGUGACUCCAGUUUACGAGAAGGUCAAAGAGACCGGAGCGAGCGUGAUGACGAAAUUGCCUUUCACCGGUACGGAGACGGAGACCCAGGCCCAGCAAGGACAAGAUAAGGGCGUCUCUGGCCGAGAAUAUCUGGCAGAGAAAUUAAGUCCGGGAGAGGAAGACAAGGCUUUGUCGGAAGUUGUCGCCGAGAAGCUUCAUCUCGGAGGAGGGGGAGAAAACACGACGGCGCCGGCGAAGAAGGGGAUAGUGACUCAGUCAGAGGAGGUGGAGAGAAGGUUGGGAGGGUUCUCGGAUCCAAAAUCGGAAGGAGCGAUGACACACGGGGAAGAGUUUGCAGCGGAAGGCGAAGGAGGGAUGGUAGAUAAACUGAGAGGAGCUGUGACUUCAUGGAUCUCCGGUACGACUGAGGAAGUGACUCAAAAGUCUACAGAGUCUGUUCAAGACUCGUCACAAUCAGUCGGCGCCACCGUUGGGAACAUGGGAUUUUCCGGUUCGGGAGCAGAUGGGGCGGGCCAACGCAGCGGUGAAAAGAGUGGCUCUGUGCCUGUGCAGAAGAGAUUCCAAAACUGAAAUUUGCUUCUUUGUUCUUCUAAGUGUAUGGUUUUUGUUAAAGCUUUCUAUUUUAAUGUGUGUGUGUGUUUUUGAUCCAUGGCUUAGUUUGCUGUCAUGUAAAAUAUGAAUAAGUUGGGUUAAUACUGAGCUACUUGACCACCAUUGGCUAGAAUACAGGUCGGAUGUGACAAGGCAUUGUUUAGACAAAAAGCUGAGAGAAAAUGGGCAAAAAGGUGAAAAU